AUGGAUUGUCUCUCGAUAUGUGACGCAAAAGUGUCUGCUUUGCAGCGUAAGUUUGUUGGGCUGGCUGAAAAAGCUGUAGCAGUUGAAGUGACGGGGAUUGAAGUUUUCAGUACACCUACACUCAUGUUAAUGAAGAAGUGGCAUCGAGUGAUGGAAGCAGUGUCAAGGAUCGACAAAACUAAAGAGUGGAUACAGUGUAUCGACUUAAAAAACGACUUCCCAAAACAUUUCGAGGUGGAACACAGUGACGAUUUGUUCAAGAAACUAGAAAAUAUACCGCUGAAUCGCGAAUCGAGGUUGUAUCGGUGA